GUUAUGUUUACUGUUAACUCUAAACAUCAAAACAAAGUUUAAACCUCCAAUUUAGGUGAAAUUUGAGUUAAAAAUUGCAAGGAAUCACCCAUAAAAGAUUUAAAACAUACUAAAAUGCAAUCUUAACUCAAAUUUCCCAAGAAAAUUUUAUUCCACGGCAAAAACACAUAAAAAAUGAUUCGAGUUAUCUCUACGCAUCAUUUCGCCAACCAAAACGUUCAAGUUAUUGAGCAACCAACUGCGAGUGCGAUUCGGGUGAAGCUCCUUUUGGCGUAACCUAAUGGUACGACCCUUGCGGAAAUAAACCAAUUUAAAAACAAAAACACAUAAAAAAUGGUUCGAGUUAUUUCUACACAUCAUUUCGCCAACCAAAAUGUACAAGUUAUUGAGCAACCAACAGCGAGUGCAAUCGCCCACCCGGAUAAGCUCCUUUUAGCUUUAUCAAGUCACUCGAUUGAAGUGAGGAAUCUUAAAGACCACGCUGAGGUUUUGUUUACUUUUCCAACUGUUGAUGAGGUCACCCAAAUAAUGCACUGUUUGAAUGGGAACUUUAUAGCAACGUUAGAAUCGAAGUUUAACCGGCAAAACCACGAAAUUAAUUUCGUUCGGGUUUAUUUAAACUGGGAUAGUUUGGCGACGAUGCAACAAUCGAAAAUGACAAGCAGCGGGGUGAGUUUAACGACUUCCGAGUGCGGGAUGGUUCAACCGAUGAGGGCUAGAAUCGCCGGGAGGGUUACUCCGACAACGAAUCAAUCAGAAUUGGGGAAUUUAGAGAUGAUUGAGAUUCCUGUUAAGAGAAAUCCGCAACAAAUUAACGUUUGUCAGAUUUCAGGAAACUUAAUCAUUCAAAUGAAUAAAUCGAUAACAAUUUACACGUUCGAGAUAAAAACGCACGACAUUUCAAAAUUAAAAUUUAUCGAUUUCGAGGAAUUACCAUUAACGAUCGAUUUGUGUUUUUAUCCAAGAGAAAUCCACAUCGCCGAGAAUUAUUUCGCAUGUUCCAACGGGGACACAUUCCACAUGUUUAAAAUCGUAAACAAACAACAAAAGGAGAUUUUGAUCGCGAACGAAUUAAACUCAGAAUAUAGCUUCCAUUACAACAAUCAAGAUCAAGAUAAACCGAUUAAUUACAAACAAUUAUUAAAAAAUGAAGCUUUAAACAUGGGGAAAGAAAAAAUUACGGUUUAUUUACCAACGAUCAUGAAAGAAAAUAGCAUAAUACAUAAAUAUUGUCCGUUUACGUUUUGCGAUAAAGAAAUUAAAGCCGCGAUUCGAUUUUCCCCGAAUAUAAUCGACGUUAAAAGUUUUAAUUAUGAAAUUGAAGAUUUGGUUCAACUUCGGUUGAAACCGAUCGUUGUGGAAUGCGCGCAAAAACAAGUAACGGAAGAGUUUAAAUGUUUAACGUUAAAACCGUUGUAUGUCAAACCAAACUUGUUAAAAGCGCGCAAAAAUAACGAUAUUAAUAACACUUUGAAGAGUCUACAUCGCAAUUUAUUACACAGCGUAGCUUGUAUCAUUACAACGCAACAAGAAGGGUAUUUAUAUCAAUUUUGUGAUUAUGAUACUUCGAAAUCGAUCGAUCAUUGCAUUUCUAUUUAUCCGUUUACCGCACCUAUUUAUAAAAUCGUUUUGGAGAAUCACUUUUUACACGCAUUAACCGAAACCGGGUUGGAAUCGUACACUUUGAGAAUUGGACACGAGUUAUGCAAACAUUUGGAGGUUAUUGAUAAUGAAAAUUCGGCUUGCCCAAGCGUACAAGAAUCAGUUUGUUUGAUGGGUUUGCGCCCAUUUUUGGGGGUCGAAGAAAUCUUAAUAUCCGAAAACCACCUCCUACUCUUAGCAAAUUCCGAUUCAUCUCCAACACACUCGGUCAGUUCAAGCGGAAGUAGUUCAACCACCACUUCCGCUUAUUGGACCUUGUACGACUUGGAACUUCCAUCGGCAAAAACCGUCUUUAACGACAUCUCAAUAGUCGCAAAUUCUCAUCGGUUUAGUUCCUCGCAAACUUAUUGCCACUUAAUGAACGAGGGGCACGUCAUUUUACGGCUAAAUUUGGUUUUGAAUCGAUGGAGUUUUAAUGAAAACUCAAACGUGAAUUUAGCCGUUAUAAAGGAAAGUAAUAGUGAUGAUUUGGUUGAGGCGUAUCGAACUUCUUGCGCUUUAUUAGCGGAUCAUUACGUUAUGUGUUUAAACAAAAAUGAUUACUCUUUAUGUGUCCCAUACUAUAAAAUGGCGAAAGUUUAUCCUUUGGAGGUUUUAAAUCGUAUUAAAAAAAUUCAAGAACAAUCCAACAACAAUAACAUAAAGGGGUUAUUGUAUUAUUUAAAAACGAUUUUAUUGGAUACAAAAUCGAGUUUGGAAAUUGAAAAAUUAUAUAUCGCCGGUUCGAAGCAAAAUAUUUCGGAAAAAAUAAUCGAGUUAUUUGAGAAGCAUUCUUUGGACGAUUUGCCUAAUUUGAUUUUGAAGAGUAAUAUUUUGCGACAAUAUUCCACCGAUAAGUUAAUUUCGGUUUUAACGAAAAGAACGGGGGAUAUAAACACGAGAAAUCCUGAAAAAUCGCUCGCUUUAACCUUACUUUACAUUCAAAAAUGUAAUAACCGCCGAGCCGAAGAUGUUUUAGCCAUAAUUUUGAAAGAGGAUCUUUCAAAAAUCCUUAAAGAUAACCACGAGUUGUUGUUUGAGGUUUCCGUUUCGGCGAAAUCGAAGAGUUUCACUUUUUCGGAGCUCUCAAUCCUUUUAAUGGGGGUUUAUCCAAAGAUAACCUCCGAAAUUUUCGUCGGAUUAAUCGUUGAAAAGAAAGUAAUUAGUUUUCAUAAGAUGUUGAAGAUUUUUUUGGAGUAUUUGCCAGCUUCUAUCGGGACUGAUACAACGACGGGGAGAGAAGUUUUACAAAAAACUUUAGAGAUGUAUUUUACGAGUUAUUUUUCGAAAUUCGAUGAAAUCGAGUUAAACAAGUUGGUUUUGGAUUGGGCGAGCAGCGAGGGGUUAAAAUUAUUGGUUCGAUCUUAUUUAUCAGAAGUCCAAAUUAUGCAAAUUAAGGAAAAAAACACUAAAAAGGAGGUCGAUAUCGAUAAGGACAUCAACACCCAAGAAAAUGACCAAGAUCAAGAAAAACCUUACUUUGAGGAACCAAAAUCAAACGAGAAACAAAAGUUUUUAUUCUCCAAUUUUCGUUACGAGUAUUUAGACAAAAUGCCACCAUAUCAACCGGAAAUAACCUCAAAAUUGUACCAAGCAACCUUAAAUAAACCCAUAGAAAGCGAAAACCAACCCAAUCCCGACGCAGAUUUCGUUUUAAAAAAAUUACAAGCGAUUUUAUGCAGCCCAAUAGCCAAUAAACACAUUUUAGUCGACUUGGUCGUCUUUUUAGACAUGAAUGAGAAUUUACGCGGGCAUUUGAGUAUGUUAUCGAUCAUUUUGUUGAUAAAUGAAGCAAUCUCAUUGUUAGUUGAGAAAUGCCCCCAAUGUUUGCUUCAAUUUGGAAAGGAUCGUUUUAGCAAAUUAGACGAAUGGAAACACUUAAUAGCGACGAUUCAAAACAAAAUCGUUCGAUUAUCCGAAAAUAAAGAGUUACAACACGUUUGUUUCUUCUACAAAAAGAUUCUUAAAGAUGUUUUAACGCACGUCGCGAUGUCGAUGAAUUUAGAACAACUUUUACAAGUUUUUCCGCAAAAAUUAAAGACUAAAGACGCCGAAAACACAACUAAAAAUUCGAACGUGUUGGAGUGCGAACCGAUUAUUAAUCUCGAUGAUAUUGAAUCUCUUUUAAAACAUUCCAAAGCUGAUGGUAACGUGUUGAAUGAAAUUCAAAAUUACGAACCCUAUAUCACUAUUUGUAAGGAGACUAUGCAUGCGAAUCAGAUUAAGAAAUUAAUUACAACCACCGGACAACAAUUAUUAUGCACAUUAAACUUGUAAUAAGAUAAAAUAACUAAAUUAAUAUCGUGUAAUCAAUGUGAUAGGUUUUAUAGGAUAUUAAUUCGAUUUUAAUUUGUUAAAUAUGUAUUAUUAUCUUUAUUAAAUAAAGUCUAUAUCAAUAAAA